AUGGGUGUACGCCGGGGCGCAUCUGGGGCCUUUGCGACGCCGAGCCAAAAAUGCUUCUUCUUUUCGAAAGCGAGAUUCUUGCUAGAUCAGAAGCAGCCUGAGCGUCGGAUAGACUCUCACUCUUCCUCAUCCUCCUCCUCCUCCUCCUCCUCCUCUCACCAUAAUGCAACCGCAACCACAACAUCGACCAAGACAUCCUCCACCACAAACGACGCCGCUCACGCGACCUCAACGCCAACCUCCAAGCCGACCCAGGACGUCGUCCACGAAGACAUCUAUAAUCUCCCCAACUUCCUGACCUUCACACGCCUCGUUGCCGCACCCGCCGUCGGCUACCUCGUCUUGCAUGACUGCCAUACAUGGGCCGUGGCACUGUUCGCCUACGCGGGUGUCACAGACAUGCUGGACGGCUGGAUUGCGCGGAAGUGGAAUCUCAAGACGGUGGUGGGGACCGUGAUAGACCCCAUGGCGGAUAAGACGCUCAUGACCAUCCUGACGGUGUGCCUUGCCAUCAAAGGCGCGCUUCCUGUUUGGGUCGCUGCCGUUAUCCUCGGUCGUGACGUUGGCCUCGCCAUCUCCGCAAUCUACUACCGCUGGAUCUCCCUCCCACCUCCGAAGACCUUUGCCCGCUACUGGGACUUUUCCCUGCCGUCGGCUGAGGUCCGUCCCACCACCAUCAGCAAGUAUAACACGUUCCUCCAGCUCGCCCUCGUUGGCAUGACCACCGCUGCGCCGCUCGUGGCCGCGGACAUGACGCCGACUCUUACAAUUAUGCAAUAUGUCGUGGCUGCUACGACAGUGUGGAGUGGCGCAAGCUAUGUGUACACCAAGGAUGCAGUCAAGAUCCUCAACAAACCUGGGCCAAAGAAGCCCUAA